AUGGAGGGGACGAUGCUACUGCUGGGCCUGCUCCUCGCGCUACCCGUGCUCCUCAUCAAGCUCGUUCACAAGUACUUCCAGGCGGCGUCACCGUCGCAGCCCGGGAAGCCGCCGCUGCGCCUGCCUCCGGGACCACGGCAGCUGCCGGUGAUCGGCAGCCUCCACCACCUCCUCGCGUCGCGCCACGGCGGCCUCCUGCACCGCGCGAUGCGCGAGCUGUCAGGCCGGCACGGCCCGGUGAUGCUGCUCCGGCUGGGCGCCGUGCCGACGCUGGUGGUGUCCUCGGCUGAGGCGGCCAGGGAGGUGCUGAAGACCCACGACGCGGCGUUCGCCAGCCGGCACCUGACGCCGACGUUGGACGUGUUGACCAUCGGGGGCCGCGACAUCCUCUUCUCCCCCUACGGCGAGCUGUGGCGCCAGAUCCGGCGGAUCUGCGUGCUGGAGCUCUUCUCGGCGCGCCGCGUGCAGUCGUUCCGCCGCAUCCGGGAGGAGGAGGCUGCGAGGCUCUUCCGGUCCGUGGCCGACUCCUGCGCCGCCGCCGGCGGAGGCAGCGCGGUGGUGGACAUCGGCGAGCUGGUCUGCCGCGCCAUGACAGACACCGUGGUGCGGUCGGCCGUCGGCGGGCGGUGCGCGCGAAGGGACGAGUUCCUGCGCGAGCUCCACAGGGCCGUGGUCCUCACCUCCGGCUUCAACUUCACCGACCUGUACCCGUCGUCGCGGCUUGUGCGCCGCCUCAGCCGCGCGCUGCGGGAGACCGAGCAGUGCAACCGGAACGUGCGCGACAUCAUGGGCGAGAUCAUCCGCGAGCAGCUGCAGAACGCCGACGGCGGACAGGACGAAGAAGACAACCUGCUGGCCGUGCUGCUGAGGCUGCAGAGGGACGGCGACGACGACGCGCAGUGCCCGCUCACCACCGACGUCAUCUCCACCGUCGUCCUCGAGAUUUUCGCGGCGGGGAGCGAGACCUCAUCGACGACGCUGGAAUGGGCGCUGUCGGAGCUGACGAGGAACCCACGGGCGAUGCGCAGGGCUCAGGCCGAGGUGCGGGAGGCCUUCAGGGGGCAGCAGAGGCUCGCCGAGGCCGACACGGCGAAGCUGAGGUACCUGCCGCUGGUGGUGAAGGAGACGCUGCGGUUGCACGUGCCCGUGCCGUUCCUGCUGCCGCGGGAGUGCCGCGAGGCGUGCCGGGUGAUGGGCUACGACGUGCCCCGGGGAACCAAGGUGCUGGUCAACGCGUGGGCGAUCGCCAGGGACGCCGCGUACUGGGACGACCCCGAGUCGUUCCGGCCGGAGCGUUUCGAGGGGACUGGAGGCGUCGACUUCAGAGGCGUCGACUUUGAGUUUAUCCCGUUCGGCGCCGGCAGGCGGAUGUGCCCCGGCAUGGCGCUGGGGCUCGUCAACAUGGAGGUGGCGCUCGCGGGCCUCCUCUACCACUUCGACUGGACGCUCCCGGACGGUGACGGCGACGGCGACGGGAAGGUGCUGGACAUGAGCGAGGCGUUCGGGAUCACCGUGAAGAGAAAGUCCAAGCUCGUGCUGCGCGCCACGCCGCGUGUUCCAUGCUCAUAUUGA